UUGUUAAUAAAAAAAAUAACUUAAUUGACAAAUCAAGUAUAUCAUGACCAUCUUGUGUGUUAACAAAUAUACAUUAUGAUACAAACAAAUUUUAUUUGGUUCCUUUUUGCACUACAUACAUUUCUGACUGUUAAUUGUUCGAAAUAUAGAUUCUAUAAGAUUACAGCUUUUAACCAGCGUGAAAGAAGGGUAUUGUAUGCUAUUUACACUAAAGAAAAGACAAUAAACUUUUUGAAUGGGAUUUCAAAUGAAGCAGCAAUACCAAUUGAUGUGGCAGUGCAAGAGCAGUAUGCUCAUAUAUUUGAAACAAAACUUCAAACUUAUAACAUUCAAUAUCUUUAUUUUACAGGAAAUCUUAUGGAUACUACACAAAAAUUAAAUAUCACUCAAGAGAUUGAUAUCUCUAAUUCAUUCCUUGAGUGGGAUGGCAUAACACAAUGGGUGGAUGCUCAAGUAAAGAAAAAUAUAAAUGUACAGAAAAUUGUGAUUGCAAAGACAUAUGAACGGAGAGAUAUAUUUCUUCUUCAAAUAUCAAAUGGAAGUAAAAAGCCAAUUGUGUUUAUUGUAGGCAGUGAGGAUGGGAAAGAUUGGGUUUCAUCAUCAGUGAUUCUAAACUUUCUUAUAAAAUUACUUAAAGAUAAUGAUAUGGAUAACAGCUUAUUGAAAUAUUUUGAUUUCUAUUUAGCCCCAAUUAUUAAUCCAGAUGGCUUUGUGUAUAGCAAAAUAUAUGAUAGAUUUUGGUCCAAAAACAGAAAAGAAUUCUUUCCCCCAAUUUCCUGUUUAAACGGUUCCCUUUCUGUUGGAGUAAAUAUUGACAGGAAUUGGUUUCAACAAAAAGUUUCAAGAUUGAUGGAAGAAGAAUGUAAAAAUAUUUACACAGGGUAUGAACCAUUGUCUGAAGAGGAGACACAUACCUUGUCUUACGUUUUAAAUGGACUUGCUAUAAACAUGAUUGCAUUUAUCAAUUUAAAAGGCUUCAGUAAAUUUAUAACAAUUCCUUAUGCACACAGGAAACCAACCAGUAAUCAUGAUAUUGUUGUUAGUGAAAACAAUAGUUUUUUUCUAACUAAGAGAAUAAUUUCUAUGUUCUUCAUUUUGUCUGUAGUUAACCGUAUAGUGUCAAUAACUGGUCUUAAUUUUGAACAUUGCUGAUGCAAUUGCAAUGUUGAAACUUUUUGUUGCAAAGAUGACACAACAGUAUAUUUUUUAUAUACUGAUUUUAUUUUUCAGCUGGAUAUACUUACAUCAGCGUCAACAACAGUAAACAAAAUCUACAAUGUAACUUAUUAUGUUGACACAAGUAAUCGGUUAAUUUGUAAGAAUAACUGCCAAUAUUUAAAUCACAUUAUGAAUUGCUUUAACACAUUUUAAUGUAUUUAAUAUUACAGAUAAUUUCAGUGGUAACAUGGCAGAUUGGGUAAAGACAAAGCUAAAUAUUCCUAUAGUGUUUACACAAUACCUGAAAUAUGAAAACUAUGUUCUUCCUAAACCUGAUCAUAUUUUACAACUCACACAGCAUUUCUAUACAACAUUGAAUGAAACUCUGUUAAUAGCAAAAGACAUUUAUGGACCACUGUUUAACAACCAAUGUACAAUAUCUGUAUAUACAAAAACUAAAAUUACUAUUUUCCUAAAAUUACUCUUACUGCUUUUCACUCUAUAAUUAUUUGCUGUUGAUUGACUUGUCAUAUUGAUUUUAUUUGUAUGUAGCUUGAAAAGUCAAAGAAUGUUUUGUCACAUUUAUUUAUUUCCAAAACAACACAAGA